GAAGCUGUAAAAGACCGUCAGGAGAGUCUUGGACCUAAAUGGGUGGUACUUCAUGGCGACUGAGUACCUCGAUUGCCGGUCCUGCAAGAAGAAGCUGGCAGCCUGGUCACGAGACAUCCUGAACCAGUUGGAUCCCAGCCACCGUGAUCAAUUUCCUGCAGUCCUAACCUACAGGGAGGUUGUGAGAUUGCUGUGGGGGCGCACGCUGGGGAACAGUGCCACAGCUCUGUACAGGCACCUGUGCGUCAGACACAAAGAGCAUUGGCUGAGCCAGUCAGCAUUGUACCUGUCAGUGCUGAAGACUUUUGUGACCCAGGACACUGAUCCCAGCCGUCUCGUUGCCCCACUGCCACAGAUGGUGCCCGUGCCUGGUCCAUCUUGGCUGUUGUCCGUGUACACUAAAGACGUACUGACACGGCUUCCUGAGCUAAAGGCCCGGGUCACCUCUGUCUGUGGCUCCAUCUUAAAGACGGAUUCCACCAAAAAGAAGCUAGCUGGUGAUGCUGCUGGCACUGCUGCAUGGGUGACAGAUGUGGGGAAUGAAAUUGGACAAGUCCUCAUGUGCGUCCUCAAAGAAAGAGAGGGAAACGGCCUGCUGCCCAUGUGUUCCGGACUUGUGGACAAGCUCCUCCACGAGUCCUUUACGUGGACCGGGACAGCUGCUCCGCAGGAGGUAAAGGCAAGGUGGUGGCAAUGUUUAGCGAGUGGGACCAGCUGGUGGUCAGGCUGGAUUUGUGGCAUUUUAUGCGCUGCAUUGCAGUCGGGGUCACCACAGAUAGCCACCGGCUGUAUGGAUCCUUCAUGGGACACCUCUCGGCCUGCAUCUUCGAGUGAGAUGCUGGCGAUGUUGAGAGGCUGAAGGAGGCCUGUGACUGCAAGCCCACCGCUCAAGAAUUGGCAAGGCACUGUCGUCACCGCACUCGUGGGGCACAGGAGACUAAGGAGCUGAUCGAACAGCUCCUUAAGGACUUCAUGGAGGCAACGGACACAAUGGGAGGCUCUUUGACAAGGACAGGAUGAAAGAGAUCUGGCGGACACAGCAGCGGCACAUCGACUGUA